GUUUCGUUGUUCUGCGCCGAACCUACCUAGGUACCAUCGGGGGGUAUCCCAUCAUCGACUUCAUAGAUGGUCAUGGAACCUUAGAUCGGAUCGCCUUCUUUUACGAACAUUCACAACCCAUCUUAUCAUUGCUGGAAUCCUCUCGAGUCCGCUACCCACGAAUAUGGAGCAACGUCAGCGCCUUGGUCAGGACGGAAAUAUGCGUUGGAGAACAGGAAUAGAUCGUGAUGAGAGCGGCUAUCAGUGGCCCCCCUUCACCGGGCCCCCUUCGAAGAAAGUGAAUUCUGGGCUGCCCGUGAGAGGACGAUCCGUCUACCCUCCGUACGGUAUGCACUCGACAACUUCCUCUAACCCCCUGCCGGUACGUGAGGAAGUGACAACAGAUGAGACGUCUGGUACCGAAGACAGGAAGCCCUUACAUUAUUUACGUUCGUCGAUGGGAAGACUGCGCCUUCAAAAGAAUGAAGAGAUGACUGGGAAAACAUCUUUACCGCCACUUGUAGAGGGCACUACAGUCGGGGAAUCACAGCCAGACCGUGAACACCCUGGAUUGACAGAGGACAACAUCACCGGAAGCGAUUUCAGUCAAGAGACAAUGUCCCCUUUAACGAUUCGGAACCACAUCAAGGCGAAAAUGAAGACCCCAGACGAGGACACAUAUGGAAUCCGCAUGCCCGACUUCCAAGAGGUUGGCCCUAAUCAUACGUCAAGUAUAAAUAAAACACGGCGGGACUCCCAUCACUCUGUGUCAAAGAUUUGGAAGGAAAUGGGAGACGAUGGGAGCCUCCCAGAACAGGGUUACAUUGCCCCCUAUCUUCGACACCGAAACCCAAUACCAGCACUGGGAGCGCGUACCACGUCCCUUACUGAUGACGAGGAUUCGGGCCGUGUUUCUUAUCCUUGUCUCCGGGUUCGUCCUCCAGGCCGCGUUCCAUCCAAACUUUCCACAGCUCCUCGACUUGGUAGCCGACAGGAAGCAACCGCCUCCAUCGAUGAACGGUACCCGGCCCCACGUCCGAGUUUUAUUAAAUAAAACAAAAGAAAUAUUAUUAUUUAAUAAUUAAAAUUUAUUUAUUUAUUAAGUAAAGUAUAUUAUUUUAA